AUGGAAUCUCAGGGAUUGGACGACCCGGUAGUGAACUACUUCGUGCAAACAGUGAGCAAGAGUAAUGAGCGAUACGAAGUAGCAUUACCGUGGAGGGACCACGUUUACCUCAAUAGCAAGAAAGAAGUGGCCAUGAGACGGCUCCAGCAGCUGACGAGAAAAUUACAGAAAGCACCGGUGUUGCUGGAAGCCUACGACGUGGCUAUCCUACAAUACUACGGACACGACAUGGCGGAGCUGGUGGGCGAAGACGUUCAGACGGAGGGUUUCACCUAUUACAUGUCGCACCAGGCGGUUGUUCGUGAGGCAAGCAGAACGACGAAACUCUGGGCAGUGUUUGACGCGUCGUCACACGGUCCAGGGUCAUUGUCUCUCAACGACAAUUUACAAAGCGGACCAAACUUGACAGCAGAUCUCGUUGCCCUCCUACUGAGCUUCAGGCAGCACAACGUUGCGCUUGUCGCAGACAUGGAAAAGGCGUUCCUCCAGAUUCAAGUGAAGGGGAGUGACAGAGACGCCCUGCGUUUUCUAUGGUACGAUCGCAUACCACGGCCUCAGGAGGACGCGCCAAACAUUGUCACAUUCAGAAUGAAGAGGGUCCCGUUUGGGACUACUUCAAGUCCGUUUUUGUUGGCAGCUAUGCUGAAGCACCACUUCGAGAACAUGGCGCACAAGUUUCCAAUGUCUUCGAAGUUGCUUUCUGAAAGCAUGUAA